AUGGCCAUACGAUUCGCGGUCUCUUUACUCGCUCUCUGUGGCACUUCCAUAGCUACAGCGCCAUCUCUUGACUCGGUCCGCACUCUCUAUGAGUUCCCUAAAAACUCGUAUAUUGAGAAUAUAGGUGUGCGAAGCAAUGGCCAGAUUCUCAUGACGGAUCUAAGCAAAUCGGAGCUUUUUCUCUUUGAUCCUUCAGUGGCCGGACCAAACACACCUAUCCUCCUCCAUGAUUUUGAUGAAUCUCUUGGGUUGGCGGGCAUUGCAGAGUACCAGCCUGAUGUAUUUGCUGUCAUCUCCGGCAAUUACUCAUUCACAAGCACAGUUCAAGUCGUCGGCACUUGGAAGGUUUGGAGCGUUGAUCUGCGAGGUGUUAAAAUUACCACUGAAAAUGGCCAAGCAAAACUCUCCGCGCCGCCUGUGGUGAAGAAGAUUGCACACGUCAAACCGGCUCAUUUUCUCAACGGCUUGACAGUGCUAUCCGAACGCGACCAAACACUUCUUAUAAGCGAUGUCAAUGGAGGCCUUAUCUGGAGUCUGGACAUCAAGACUGGAAAUUACGAGGUCGCUAUUAACAAUACUUUCACUGCGCUUUACUCGUCGCCUCCAUUUUCAGCCUCUGGUGUCGAUGGUGUCCAUGUCCGCGGCGAUUUCGCUUACUUUACAAAUUUUGGAAAUGGUACUUUUAACAAGGUGCUUAUCAACGAGAAUGGAACGCCCGCAGGACCCGUCACCACAAUUGCAAAUACCAAGGGGCCACUGGACCAAUAUGAUGAUUUUACCUUUGAUUGCGACGGCAAUGCAUUUGUGGUCACAGGAGGUGGAAACACCAUUGAGAUGAUUUCGGCUGACGGCAAAACUCAAGUUUAUAUCGCUGGUAACCUUAAUUCUACUGCCAUUGCAGAGCCAACGUCUUGUGCGUUUGGCAGAGGCCCACAUGACAAGCAUGUCCUCUAUGUUGUCACUGCUGGUGGGAUGGAAACCCCGGUGAAUGGAAAUACCGUCAUUGGUGGACAGCUCGUUGCAGUCAAAACGAAUUCUAAGGGGUCUGCCUGCUGA